AAGUCACUGGCAUUACCUCACGUCUCCAGAUAUGUGAUCCCAAAUUCGUCACCCGAGCUCUUCGCCUUAUCAUCUUGAAUUCCAUCCCCAUAUCACUUCCGAGAAGGUUUUGAUGACUCACUGGUUCCACGUGAACUCAGCCGAGACCUUCCACAGGGUCACAGGUCAGGUUCCCGAAACUGAUCCAUUCUGGGAUGCUCUCUUUGUCUUGCUGGAGAAAUUGAAAACUUGCAGAAUGACUGAUUACCUUUAUGUGGUACUUACAUGUAUGUCAGUUUGGUGUUGCCCUGUUGAAUGAUGCAUUUUCACCGGUGAUGCGGUCACAAAUAUAAUUCUCUUGGGCAAACAGCAUUUAAUGGCUGACUUGCUUCUUUGCAAACCUGGCGGGCUACUUCAUGUAUCUGUAUGCGGCAAAGGCUCAAAUUAUAAUUGAUGCUGAUAUUUUUACUCUGUGUUUGUGCCCCAUUCACAUCCUGCGUUGAUCUGCAGAAGUUUUCUGAGUGGAUACAUAAAAGAAGAAAGGAUGUCUACCUCUGCUUGAAGGCUUGGGUUGACAUCUGUUGUGCAGAUAAAAAAGAAAUCUGUUGUAAAGUUUAGUGUUUUUUUUUGGUGUGAAACCCAAGUGGGCUGGCUUUGUUUGGGUGACGACACAGCAUAGGUCAUUGGCAUAGUGUAGGAAUUAAAUCCUGUGACCUAAGCCCAUUUCCCAGAAGUAUGGGCAAAUAAAAGAUACGAAACCAGUGCGGGCAUACCCCUGAACAUGUGAGGUACUUUGACUCUGAUGUGGCUGCAUUGGUACCGGUAGUCUGUCCUCGUUGUUGAAAAAACUGUUUUGGGAGGUUGGCUCCAUAAGUGACUUAUUCGGAUUCCAAUCAUUGGUGUCAAAGGAUAUUGUGUGUGUCCUAGCUGGUUGAAUGUUUGGUCACAUCGGGAUAUCGUCACUGAUUUAUUCAUCAGUUUGGAAAUCAAUAUCUUGUAAAUAUCUUUUUCUUGAACUUGUUGAUUUCCAAUGCUACGAGUUGUUUCUUGAUGAGUGCCACUUGAGGGAUUCCCCGCUCAAUCAUCACUUGGUGGCUGCCAAUAUCCAAGGGUCGCUGCAGAAUUCGUGCUCAUGUUGUGAUUGAUCGGCGAGUAGCGAACGGUGAAAUUGAAGAACCCUCUGAGUUGGCUUUGCAUGCAUCAGCGGCCAAGCCUUGCUGAUCACCCGGCGCCCUAUAAUGAAUCCAACGUCAUUUGCCCUGCCCUCUGCGCUGAAGUCCUUGCAAACGGCUCUCCAUGGCAUGUGGAGGGCGUUUCUCCUGACGUGCGGGCUCAUCUGGAUUCUCAUCUUCUACUCCUUCCUGUUCCUCUGGGAGAAUUCUGGCACUCCUGCCGAUCUCUGGAAAUCACUUUUCGUGAAAACGGCCAGAGAGGACUUCCAAGCCCGGGAACCUGUGGAGGAGCACAUGGAGCCUGCUAGGGAGGUCAGAGUUCAUGUCAAAGGGCACAGGUUGGACCAUCGGAAUGGUGAUCUCAAGGUCAGUGAAGCUGUCACUAGCCAGUUGCCUAUACCUGGAGCCCUGUCUAAGGGGCAGAGCUGCAAGUUCAAAGAUCAUGGCCUCAGAAGAAAUGACUUCAAACUCCAUGAUUCUAAUAUGCCAAUAAAAGAGCAAAGUGUGCUUCGUGAGAGACCUUGCCUGCUCCUAUCACAGCCCCCCUCUCAACAUGGGAAAGGAGUACAACCAUCAUCUCCAAAUCCACAUCAAAGUGAAGAAGCCAGAGGUCAGCCCAUGAAGGCUCCAAAUCGCAAAGGCUGGACAAUCUGCAUUGAAGAGUCCUACGUGUCUGAGGUCAGGAGGAAGCCUGGAUCAACUGAGUUGAAAGAUAAUCACGUCAGCGGGGAUAAGCUGAAACAACACGAAGGCAGUUUGACCAGCUCAGGUGUGAACGUCAGUGGAGAGAAUAAGGAAGAGCCAAGCAUAUUUGGAACACUCACCAAGGAGAAAACACCCAAAGAUGACAGCAAAAAGCGGAGUUUACCACAGACGUCAGGCCUGCCGGCCAUGUUUACCGAGAAGCUGGCCCCAGAGACAAGCAGCAAGCCAUGCAAUGGACAGCCAGCCCAGGAGAAUCACCACGAGGAUGAGACCACUCCGGCCUUGGUCUACCAAGAUGGCAAUCUUAAUUCGGGUACGUUAGAGGCAUUCGUGCAGCACAUGGUACCGACAGUGGACUAUUACCCAGAUAGGACCUACCUGUUUGCCUUCCUCCUCAACUCCCGCCUCUUCAUCAAACCCCACCAGCUCCUACACGAUGUCUGCCAGGUCUGCAUCCGGCAACAGAAGCUGGGCAGCCCCGACGUGGACAGGGAGUCCUCCAAGAAGUUUAGCCUCAAGCUCCUUCAGUUGCUCAUUGAGUGGACUGAGACAUUUCCGUAUGACUUCAGAGACGAGCGCAUGAUGAGGCACCUAAGGGACAUCACACAGAAGUGUGUGGCGGUGGACCAAAGCCUCAGGAAGAACGUGGGUCAGCUUAUGCAGGCAUUAAUCAGAAAGUUGGCCACAUUAGAGAAGUACGAAGAUGUCCUGUCAAGAGUCAAUGCAGCCGCCACAGAGAGAAUGCACUCGUUGAGGACAAAUCCGGCAGCAUUCCAGACGAACAUCAUCGACGUCUGCCCGAGUGCUUACGUAUUAGCCCAGCAGCUCACCCACAUUGAGCUGGAGCGGUUAGCCAACAUUGGACCCGAGGAGUUUGUGCAAUCAUUCAUGAAGGAGGAGAAGAACGAGGCUGCGCUCCGGUUACUGGACCUGAAAAGAACCAAGAACCUGGAGGCCUAUGUGGAGUGGUUCAACCGCCUCAGCUACCUGGUGGCCACCGAGGUCUGCAUGCACAUCAAGAAGAAGCACCGCGCCAAGCUCAUCGAGUACUUCAUCGAUGUCGCUCGCGAGUGCUACAACAUCGGCAACUUCAACUCUCUCAUGGCCAUCAUGUCUGGCUUGAAUCUCAGCCCAGUCACGAGACUGAAGAAGACGUGGGGCAAAGUCAACAUGGACAAGUUUGAGAUUCUGGAGCACCAGAUGGACCCGACGGGUAACUUCAACACGUACCGCCAGUCUCUGCGAGCGGCCAUGCAGAGAGCCUUGGGGGCCCAGGACGGAGCCUGCGACAAGAUUGUCAUUCCCUUCUUCAGCUUGUUUGUCAAGGACCUUUACUUCCUGAACGAGGGCUGUAUGAACAAGCUGGCCAACGGCUACAUCAACUUCCAGAAAUUUUGGCAAACGGCAAAGCAAGUGACGGAAUUCAUGACAUGGAAGCAGGUGGAAUGCCCGUACCCAAGGGACCGGCAAGGCCUCAACUAUCUUCUCACAGCACCUGUAUUCUCAGAAAAUUCACUUUACUUGGCAUCGUACGAGAGUGAAGGACCUGAAACAAACUAUGAGAGAGAGCAGUACAAGACGCUGAAAUUGCAGUGCAACGCGGCCAACAAGUAGUCUCGUGCAGCUGGUUGGACCAAAGUGUUGAACACUAUGUGCUCAGAACUCAAACUAUUCAGUUUGAAAAAGUGCCCGGAGCAUGUCAGCUUCUAAAGUGUAUGCACAUGAGCAAAGCUCAGCUUGGCCAUUCAGGUCAUGUCAGGGUCUCCCAAAGGGAAAUCUUGCUUAUCAGCUGAUGAUGAAGGAACUGUAUUGUGAUCACUCCGGAGUAGAGCCGAUUGUCAAGGGUCUUGUCCCUACCCGCAUUUUCCACUAAGAGAUUGCAGAUGACGGGAGAGCUUUGCACCUAACAGGACAGGUCCCACAACCAAGCCGGGAUUUGGAGGUGGCUGGGAACUGGGCCAAGACAUAACUGCUUGGGAAAAAGAACACACCCUGUCUCAUUCCCUCAGCAUGAAGGAAUCGUUCAGUUCUCAAGUCUGGUUGAUACCCAAGGAUAGCCUUUGUCUCAGCCUCCUGAAAUAAUGUCAACAGAGGGCGCUAGACCCGUAGCACAGUCAGCAGUGAAAGCCAGUGUUGGGUUGAACUCAUGCAGUCAUCACAUUGACACUUCUGUGGAUGCCGACUCUGAAGUCAAGCUUCUUUUGUGGCCGCUCAAGAACAAUAAAUUUUCCCUCACGGGCCCAAGCUGCAUUUAUGCUGGGUAUAUAUACAGACAUUGUGGCAAGUUGACAAAGGUCAAGUGAUUUUUAUUUAUGUUCAUGCUUUUGGAAAAAAGUUGACUUUUUGGCUUUAUAAGAAUUUGUAAGGCUUGGCAUAUGAACACUGGAACAAGGAAAGAGAGUGGGAUGAUUUGAACACAUUGCAUAAGUUUGAACAUAACGUAGAACUUUUAUCUAAAAUCUUGACUAAAAUCUGCAUUUCCUGAUUUGCUGGUGUUAGUAGGCGGCGUUACAAUCAUGAAGCUCAAAAUAGCUGUGGAAUCUCGAGAUGUAUAAAUGAAAAAAAAUUUAAACAAAGCCUGCAUAUCUUUGUAUAUAAGAAGUUUAAAUGUAUUCAGAGUCAUACACGAGAGGACUUUUAUUUUAAUUAAAAAAUAUUAAUGAUUAGUUUGGACAUUUC